AUGUCUGAAGCCAAGGAAGAGGGCAAUGUCCCCUCUACCAAAAGAUCAUGGCUUUCGCGUCUAGAUCCUCUCAGGAGGAGACGAUCACCUCCCAUUCCCGACGAGAGGAUAGAAUCGCCCGAACACAAAGCCAAUAUUGCGAGCUUGAUUACCUGGCAAUGGAUCAAUCAUAUUAUGUUUGUCGGUUAUCAAAGACCCCUCGAAGAAAAUGAUAUCCCUCGCGUGAAUCCCAGCCGCUCAAUCAAUGUAAUGGCCGCAGCAUUGCAUGGCAAUUUUGAGAAGCGCGUAAAAGCCGGUUCUAAGCACGCGCUCGUCGGUGCAAUCUAUGAAACAUACAAAUUCGAAAUCCUUCUCGGUGGCUUCUGCUGUGUGCUCGGAAGUGUGGCGCAAAUCAUAUUACCGUAUUUGUUGAAAUAUCUAAUCGCUUUCGCGACGGAUGCAUACCUGGCGCAGUAUACUCAUCAGGCAGGCCCCUCGAUUGGAAAGGGCCUUGGAUGGGUCUUUGGUCUAUCGGCUAUGCAGAUUCUGGCGAGUAUCGGUAACAAUCAGUUCAUGUAUAGAGGAAUGGUGGUUGGAGGACAAGUCCGCGCAGCUCUUAUUUCGCUCAUUUUCAGCAAGGCAAUGACUAUCUCUGGCCGAGCCAAGGCUGGCUGGAAACCGCCCAAGACGCCUCCGGCAGAUAUCACCCCGGGAAGUGACGCAGAGAAAGCGUGGUAUGCGGAACAGCUGGAAGAAGCUAAUUUGAGUGUGCAGGGAUGGAGCAACGGUCGAAUUAUCAAUCUUAUGUCAACCGAUACGAACCGUAUUGACAAGGCUGCUGGUUGGUUUCAUUUCAUCUGGACCAUUCCCCUAACCGUUCUCAUCACCAUUGCUCUUUUGCUGGUCAAUUUGACAUACAGCGCUCUGCCCGGUAUUGCAAUUUUUCUGCUAUCCACUCCAUUCUUGAUGUGGGCCGUUAAGCGCAUCUUUGGACUUCGCGCAAGAACCAACAAAUUCACCGACGAGAGAGUCAGCCUUACCCAAGAAGUCCUGCAAGCUAUCCGAUUCGUAAAAUACUAUGCAUGGGAGACGGAUUUUCUAGAUCGUAUUUCGGCCAUUCGGCGCAAAGAGAUUCACGGCGUGCAGCUCAUGUUCAUGAUCAGAAACCUCUUGACUGCCAUUGGAACUUCUGUUCCGAUGUUUGCGUCAAUGUUGGCUUUUAUUACGUUUUCUCUGACAAACCAUGAGUUGGCGCCCUCGUCGAUUUUCUCGUCCCUGUCACUUUUCAACGGUCUUCGGCUCCCGGCCAUGAUGUUGCCUAUGGUUAUCGCCUUGGUUACGGAUGCAUCUUCAGCCGUGACCAGAAUCGAGGAUUUCUUGUUGGCAGAGGAUACACUGUUUGAUCAACAGCCACAGGCAAUCGACAGCGAAAACGCGGUCUCUAUGGUAGACGCCGCGUUUACAUGGGAAAAGGCUGUUGAUGGCCAAGAUCACGGAGGGCCACAGAAAGGAAAGGGGCGAGGGAAAAAGGACAAAAAAGCCAAGAAAAGCGCCAAAAAGACAGAAAAUGUGUCCGAAAAGACCGGAAAAUCCAGUGAAACAUCUUCGACCGACGGGGAUGAAAAGGUUCUUGAAGGUACAACCGAGUCGAGCAAAGAACCGUUCAAAAUCCACGGCCUCAACAUCGAUAUCGCAAAGGGCGAGUUCCUCGGUGUUGUUGGAGGUGUAGGAUCCGGCAAAACAUCUUUCCUUGCAUCGCUUGCUGGCGAAAUGCGCAAAAUCAAUGGAAACGCCGUUGUUGGAGGAUCAAUAUCGUACUGCCCUCAGAAUGCUUGGAUCCAGAACGCCACGGUCGAAGCCAAUAUUACUUUUGGUCAAGAGCUUGACGAAGAAAAAUUCAAAAGAGUCAUCGAAGCUUGCUCUCUUCGCCAUGAUCUGCUGGUUCUUCCCAACGGUCGCUAUACACAGAUUGGUGAACGCGGCAUCAACUUGUCUGGUGGACAAAAGGCCCGUAUCAGCUUGGCUCGAGCGAUUUAUGCAGAUACUGAUAUUCUCUUGCUUGACGAUCCUCUCUCGGCUGUUGAUGCUCAUGUAGGUCGUCACAUCAUGGAAAAUGCUCUUUGUGGAGUUCUCCAGGACAAAUGCCGCAUCCUCGCCACACAUCAGCUGCACGUUCUGCACCAUUGCGAUAGGAUCAUUAUGAUGGACAAUGGAACGAUAGUCGCCAACGACACCUUUGACAACCUGGUCGCCAACAACGAGAGAUUCAAAGAGAUGAUGACAACGGUUGACCAAGACCACAAGGAGGAGGACCUAGAACAGAGUCCGGCUGCGACUGAAGCUACCGUUCAAAAGAUCGCGUCAAUUGCCAAGCAUCCAAAGGAUGAUUUAAUACAAGAGGAGGGCGACUCGGCCACGGGAGUGUCUAGCAAUAUCUAUUUUAGAUAUUAUGCAGUUGCAGGCUCGGUUUUCCUCAUUCCAAUCAUUCUGUUGCUGUUGAUAUUGUCCACGGGUGGUUCUGUAGUCACCAAUUUGUGGCUGGCUUGGUGGACGUCCGAUAAAUUUGGUUACAGUACCGGAACAUACAUUGGCGUAUAUGUCGGACUAGGUGUCGGUCAAGCAAUUUUGUUGUUCAUCUACUCAACCGCGCUCUCAGUCUCAGGAACCAGAUCUAGCAGACUGCUGCUGAAAUAUGCCAUUCGCCGAGUUUUACGCGCACCCGUCUCAUUCUUUGACACUACUCCCCUUGGCCGGAUCAUGAACCGAUUCUCCAAAGAUGUAGACACGUUGGAUAACAACAUGACCGACUCAAUGCGUCUUGCCACCAUGACAUUGGCGCAGAUCGUUGCGGUUUUUAUCCUCAUUAUCGCUUACUACUAUUACUUUGCAGCUGCUCUUGGACCCCUGCUCGUGAUUUAUAUCACGCUCGCCUUGUUCUACAACAGAUCUGCGCGAGAGAUCUCAAAACACGAGUCGAGAUUACGUGGACGUCUGUUCUCGCGAUUCAAUGAAUCUGUCUACGGCAUAGCGACGAUUCGGGCAUAUGGUCGUUCGGAAUCGUUUGUCAAGUCCAUCAAUGAAGAUAUCGACCAAGUCGACAGCGCCUACUUUUUGACUUUUGCUAAUCAGCGUUGGCUCGCUGUGCGACUUGAUGUGCUCGGUGUGAUAUUGGUGUUUGUGACUGAGAUUCUGGUCGUUACCUCUCGAUUCAACGUGUCGCCUAGUAUCAGUGGUUUGGUAUUGUCGUAUCUGCUGUCCAGUGUCCAGUUGCUUCAAUUCACCGUACGACAAGCAGCGGAUGUGGACAAUAACAUGAACUCGGUCGAAAGGAUUGAUUACUACGGAAGAGAAAUCGAGCAGGAAGCCCCUGCCCACACCAUUCCUGUUCCUGAGGAAUGGCCCAGUAGAGGAGAGGUUGUCUUUUCGGAUGCGCAUCUCAGAUACCGCCCCGGUUUGCCGUAUGCAUUGGAACAAUUUAAUUUGCAUAUUCAGCCUGGUGAGCGAGUUGGUAUUGUCGGGCGUACCGGUGCUGGAAAGUCGACUAUCAUCAUGGCAUUGUUCCGUAUGGUCGAGUUGGCUCAAGGCAAAAUCAUCAUGGACGGUAUUGAUAUUAGUACGAUCGGAUUGAACGACUUGCGUUCUCGCAUGUCCAUUAUUCCUCAAGACCCGACGCUGUUCGCGGGUACGAUUCGAUCCAAUUUGGAUCCUUUCAACACCCGCACCGACGAACAACUCUGGGCCGCUAUCCGACAAGCCCAUCUCGUCGAAGACAACACCGAAACAACAGCCACCAACGAAAAAACAUCCGUCGAAAACAUCGACAACAACAACAACAACAACAACAACAACAACAACAACAACAACAACAACACCACCACUCAGCCAUCCCAAAUAACACUAGACUCCAUCGUCGAAGAAGGCGGCACAAACUUCUCGCUCGGCCAACGCCAACUCCUCGCUCUCGCGCGCGCUCUCGUCCGCAACAGCAAAAUCACAAUCUGCGACGAAGCCACCAGCUCAAUCGACUUUGAGACCGAUCUCAAGAUCCAAAAGGCCAUGUCGGAGGGUUUCAAGGGUCGCACGUUAUUGUGUAUUGCGCAUCGACUCAAGACGAUUAUCGGAUAUGACAGGAUCUGUGUCAUGGAUAGGGGCAGAGUUGCGGAGGUUGCGUCGCCGUUGGAGUUGUUCGAUGCCGGUGGUAUAUUUAGGAGUAUGUGUGAGCAGAGUUCGAUUACGAGGGAGAUUAUUGUGGCGGCUGGUAUGGAGGAGGAUUGA